CCUUCAAGAGUACGCAUCGCAGUACGUCAAUACUCUCUUCCUAAGAAACAUUCUACCGCAUCUUGCAUUGAGAAGAAAUACAUCUGUAGAUGUGUACAUAUAUUUCUCCCAGGAGUGGAGAGUGUGAUGGAUGAUGAAGAUGCAGACACGCCUGAAGAUGGGAGUGACGAAGAUGAAGUAGAAUAUGAAGACACAGAAAACCAAGAUUAUCAACAGAGUACAUCCAGUGAAAGUGAUGAAUACAGGAAAUCCAGUUCUGACACCGGAUCUGCUUCAGAACAGGAGACUCGACGGGCCAUUACUAGAUCGUUUACUCGUCUAAAAAGACAGGUUGAAACAAAAUGUGACACGCCUUUACAAAAAUGUUAUCGCUGUGGCAAAGUCCUCUCUACAGACUUCUGUCUCUGUGUAUACAAAAUUCCAUUUCAGUGUGAACGUUGUAAUAUAACAUUUGCAGGUCUUCCGGAAUUCCAGUCACAUAUGAGGUCUGUCCAUACACCUAACCGUAUAAAUAUUGGUGCCACUAAUAACAUUGCCUCUAAGAGUGCUACCAAAGAUAGUCAACCAAGUGUAUUUUUUAAUCCCAGUAAUACAGAACCUAAAUUUGAGCCUGAGCUUUUAAGAACAGAACGAUUACAGGAAGUGCAUACAUGCCAGACAUGCAAAGAAACGUUUAAUACAAAACUUGGCCUUAUGGCACAUAGUUUAAAUCACACUGAACGUGAAGAAACUAACACCUAUAAGUGCAGUCAUUGUAAUCGUGAAUUUACAUCAACUGUUCGAUUGUCUAUCCAUGUGACACGAAUGCACAUUGAGGAAAAGAAAUUUGUCUGUGAUGUAUGCAACAAGGGUUUCAGUAGUGCCAACACAUUGGAAGCACAUAAGAGAUUACAUCUUGGCAUCCGACCUUAUAAAUGUGAUAUAUGUGGCAAAUCAUACUCGCAGUCUGGAAACUUGGCAUACCACAAGAGCACACAUGCUGGUGUUAAGUCUCAUGUGUGUCACCUGUGUGGCAAGGCAUUUCUCACAGCUGGAAUCCUUGCAAACCAUGAGCGCAGACAUGCUGGACUGAAACCAUAUGUCUGUGAUCAGUGUGGCCGUGCCUUUGCUGACAACUAUACACUCACACACCACAAGGUGGUACACUCAGGAAUCCGCAGUUACAUGUGUGAUGUAUGUGGGAAAGCAUUUGUGCACAAGCAUACGCUUGCAAGUCACAAACGUAUCCAUAGUGGAGAAAAGCGUUACAGGUGUACAAUCUGUGAACGAGCAUUUACACAGAUGUCAACCAUGCUCCAACAUCGCAACACACAUACAGGGGAGAAGUCAUACCAUUGUAUUUGUGGGAAGGCCUUCACACAGCAGUCCAGUCUUGCACGUCAUAAGAGGUUACAUGAAGGAGGAGUUGAAUCAUUUCCAUGCCAUCUUUGUGAGAAGAAAUUUGCAUACAAGAGUACUCUUUACAAACACAAGCGUCGGACUCAUGGUAUAGACAAUCCUCAUAUUCCUUGCAAUACACCAUAUAGUGAUACACAACUUUAGGAGUGCAAAUGUUUUUUGCUUAACAUCAUAAUUGAGGUGAAUGCACCAUUGCUUAUUUUCUGAUAUGUAUUCAAUUUGUGGAAUCUUCACAUUAUUUGGUAUCCUACAAAAAUUCUUAUAUAAUGGGCUUCAGUCAAAGUGUUUUAAUGUUUUAAUUUUCUUUAUUUAUUGAAGCACAAGGAACUGUGAUAUUUGCUGUAGUGCUGGUGUAACAGUUGAAUGCCAAGGACCUAAGUUUUUAUCUACUCUUUACAACAUCCCGAAUUGUUCUCUGGCCCAUGCAGUCUAUCAGUCCAUCCCUGAGGGUUCUUUCCCCAGGGCUCAUCACUUAACCAAUGUAAUGUUGGUUGACAAUACUGUUUGAAGCUUACAUCCAUAUCUUCCACACUCUUUCAUCACGUUGCAUUUAUGGACAGGUUUAAUUUUACCUAAUCAAAGUAUGAGAAUUAUGGAAAGAUACACACUUUGAACAUCAAAAUUUACAUUUUAAAACAUGAGAUCAGAGUAAUGAAUUAUGUAAUUACAUAAAUUCAAUAAAAUAUUUGAUUGUACCAUCUUUUUU